AAGACGGAGGGGGUGGAUAUCAUUGACGAGAGUGCACUAAAUCUUGUUGAGAAACCAAAGAUAAAGAACGGUGUCUUACAGAGGAGAAAUUAGUAUAUAUCUCUAUGCAUUAGUAUUACGAUCGUUUCGCCCGGAAAUGAAAGACGACAGGUCACACAAAAGCGAUCGAGUUCUUCCAGGGGCCAGGGGAUUAACGUUUGCCGUUCGGGCGACUUUCAUUUCUUCAACGACUUAUCUUCGACUAGAAAAUCAUAUUACAAUUGUAAUCCAAAGUGAUGUACAAUGGAAUUAUUUCCAUUAAUCAUGAUAUUUUCAUUAAAUAUAAUUGAUUGCAAUGCGUUAAGCGUUUGCUUUAUUAUUUUUGAUAAAAGCCGAUGUUUUGACCAGUCCGAAAUUUUAAUCUCCGUUCGCGCGACCUGUACGAUGACGUAAGAAGGAAGCCGCUGCCAUGGCAGUCUUCGCAGGGGGUCCUGUGCUGGAAAAGUUGUGAAGUGGUGCUGUAUGACUGACGUACUUCCGCAACUGAAAUUAGGGCCUAAGUCCGGGUAUAAGAGAACACCAAAAUCAGGUUACAUUCUGUGAGAGGAAGUUAUUCCGACCAAUCUUCAACAUCGUGUUUCAAAUUCAGACAUUUUCUUCUUUUUACUUCGAAAAACAGUACCUAAACUAACGUGGAAUAUUUAUCCGCCGAAUGUAAUGCGGUCGAGGUUAGGCGAUUGACUAAACAAGCAAGAUGGCGGACGCAAAUUUAGGAAACAGCCUAACUUCCAUGGAAUGGCUGGGUCAGCUGAAUAUACCAACAGCUUUGAAUGGUAAUUCUCCAAAUAAUAAGAAUGGACCUGGAUCAAACAAUUCAUUAGACCCUUCAAAAGGGACGAUUCCGAUGCGAAAAUCACCAAGUUCACCGCUGGAUACGACAGCGACAUGGGACGAACAGCAGCCGGUGAAGGACGGGAAGCCCCCGUACAGCUACGCGAACCUAAUCACGUUCGCGAUCAAUAGUUCCCCGAAGAAGAAAAUGACUCUUAGUGAGAUUUAUCAAUGGAUUUGUGAGAAUUUUCCGUACUACAGAGAUGCAGGAAAUGGAUGGAAGAACUCUAUCAGGCAUAAUCUUUCAUUAAACAAAUGUUUCAUGAAGGUACCAAGGUCAAAAGACGAUCCAGGAAAGGGUUCAUAUUGGGCAAUUGACAACAACCCACAAGAUGAUAGUCUAAGGAAGAAGAGGCGGCAUCCUGGUCAGUCACCCUAUAGUCCUGAAGAGAGUUUAGAGAGCUCUGGUGGGAGUAUCGGCAGCGUUAUAGUUACUCCAGCAUUCUCAAAUAAUCAUUUUGCAUCACCACCUCAUAGUCACUUAUCAAACUCUGGAGAUCAGAGAUUAUUUGAGUCAAACCCCAAUAUAGAAGACCUCAGUGCAUCCUUCAGAAGUUUAUACAAGAAAGUAUUUGACAACCCACAAGGAGAUGUAGGUGACAUCAUCACACAGUACAAGCUUCAACUGGAGCAGUCAAACUCAUCGCAUUCGUUGGGCCAUCAACAUGGUGCCUUCAACAGCUCACAAGGUAGUCUCUCCUCGCUCAACAACAAUCAACAACAACAACUAAACCAGCAACAGCAGCAGCAACAAGUCUUACAACAAUCACAACAGCAACCUCUUCAACUAUCAUUAGGAAAUUCAGAUUGGUUGAAUAACCUUGACCUUCUGAAAGAGAGUGUGCGUGUUGCGAGUAGCUACAACUUUUCAGAUUUAGAUUUAUCACAAUUUGCAGGUCUCAUGGAGAGUAUGAAGCAAGCUGACUCCAAGAACUGGUCAUUGCAGCCUGAGCAGUUUGCUGAUCUAGCCGAGUCACUAAGUAACUUCUUCCAGCAAACAGGUGUAGCUGGGUAUCUCAACACAAGUCGGGGUAGUGGCGGAGGAAGUGCAUUCAGCGACAGUCCUCAUAGCAGCAUCUCUAACUCAACAACAGGAGGUGGUGGUUUCCUAAUGGGUUCACCGCCCCUCCUUAGCCCUAACAGCAGCCACCAAUCUCUAGGUGUUCCUUCACCGAUCAUGGGUCACAACCUUAGCCCUACCAUGGUCCCUCAACCUCACCAAGGGUCAUCGCCAAACAUGCAACGGGUAGUCCAUCACCAGAGCGUGCUGCCGCGGCGCACCACCGACUUCCCCGAUGAUGACAUCGAGGAUAAUUUCCCGUGGGACACCAUCGCAUAGCCCUAUCCUGGGUAUUGACUGAGACAAGAACUCCCGUUUUGCUGGGUGUCCAGGGCCUGGGUGGGUUCCUUAGGCAAGGUAGAGCCGAAUGCUUUGAGUGUUCUUGGUAUGUCUACCAUUCCUCUGCCGUUUGUGGAGCCUGUGUGUGCUCCUAAGGCAGGGGAGAGCAGGAUGCUUUCAGCAUUCUGGGUACAUCCACCUUUCCUGUCUGCCGCUUUUGGAGGCUGUGUUAGAUCCGCUGUAAGGCAACUCCAGGGAUGUAAUCCAAACUGCAAGUGCUCUGAGGAAGCUCUCAUCAAAGAAAGCUUGAGUGCACAUCUAUCUGUCUGGAAACAUCAACGACAGCAUCAAAGGGUUGUGCCUGCGUGUAGUGUUAAGGAACACGUCGAAGGUGUGCUGCAAUGGCUUCAGCGUCGAGUGUCACUACAAAAUUCAUCCUUGUCUAACCAAAGAAAACCUGUUAUGGAAGAGAGAAAAGAAAUCUGGUAAUUUCGACGUUUGAAAUGACACCAGAUGAUGCAGUUGCAACCUUGCAAGAACCGCUUUCAAGUAAAUGAGAAUGUGCAGUGUACUUUGAAAGACCACCUAUGUAAAUCAUGUUGAGUCUUUCUCAAGAAGUCACAUGACAGAGAUCGGGUAAAACAAAUGUUAUACUGCUACAGAUUGGGAUAGUAUCUCCAGAAGACAUGUGUUGUAAGGAAUAUGCAAGAUGGUGAUUGCUGUGAAGAAUGGCAGAGAAAUUGUGUAAUGCACAAGGGUGUAAAAGUGGAAGAGUAAUAUCUGAUGAUCACCCAUUAUAUAGCACAAGUGAACAACGAUCCUUCACUUCUUAAGGCUCUUUGAUUGGCUAAUUCUGACAGGCACCUCCCCAAUUUCAACAUUUUUAAGAAGGAUGUCAGAGAUGGUGGUUUAGAUAUGAAUCAAUUGCUGCAUGAUGAGUUUAAUGAAUGUUAUUUUUAAUACAAAUUGGGAAAAUGCCAGGUAAAUUGAACCAAGAAUAAUAAUUUGAAAAAAAAUCUAGUCCCAAGCUUCAUCCUCUUUCUUUAAUGUUUUUCAUCAAAGAAGAUGGGUAACCAAUUGGAAAAGCAAUACUGAUUGCCUGGGAUAAUUUUUAUCUAUUUGUGUUAUGAGAAUAUUUUUAUGGUCAACACUCUCUCGCCAGUUAUGUUGUACAGGUGUGGAUAUGUACAUAGACAAACAGCUAUAUAUUUGUGAUAUUUGGGUGAGAGUGUGUGUGUGUGUGAGUGUGAACGGCAAUACACCCAAAACUGUGCUGGUUCUGUUUUUAUGGUUUCUCUCAAAUCUGUUAUCUUUCUCAAAUAUGCUUUUCUUGUAGGCUGGUCUAAAGUAGGAUGAGGAAAAGAUAUGUUGUUGAUGCAAGGCAAAUUCAUUGGUACUUUGUCUGGACAAACAACCGUCCACUCAUUAUACAACUGGGUAUGCUAUUGAAAUAAUCCUACCUUAGUGAAGGUACCGGAGUUUAUUUUUUUCAUUGGCCUAUUCUGUACAUCCUACAGACUUUUCAGCCGAUCUGGAUUAAUAUUUCAGUUUGCCAGUAGCAGCUAGUUUUGUGUUCAUAGUACGCAUUUUUAUUCGUCAAUACCUCUUUUAAUAAAAUAGAUGCAUUAUCUUUUGAGAAUUUUUAGGAGAUUGCGUGCAUUAGCUUCAAUGCUAUCUUGCACUGUGGUAAAUCUACAGUGUUUACAUCAGUUUUGUUUGAACGAAGAAGAGUUUAACCCCAUUAGAACAACGUGACACUUUGCUGUGUACAUUUUCAUUCACUCUAUACAUGAAAUAUUUAAAUGGGACUUGCAUAAUUGCCAAUCAUAUGGUAAAUAGGAAUAUCAUUGCAUGAUGCAUGCUCUUAUCUAUUGCAAUAUAUCAAUCAUUGAAUUUUUCUCCUUUGGAUGUUUAUCAAUUUCAUUUGAUCAAUUUCAAUUUUAAAAGGUUUUAUAUUGACAUGAUAAUGAUAUUUCAAUUUUAUAAUUCAUUAUUUGCAUUUUUGUGAUAACCAGUCAUGAGUAUUUACUACUCGAAUUCAAAUCAUGUUUUAUUUGGUACAGUUUGAUUUUUCAAUCUUAAUCAGUUAUUCCUCUUGUAAAUUCUAAAUGAAACUCAGAGCAUUGUUUGUGAAUUUUUAGACAGCCAUUGACAUGUAGUGUUAUUAAACAGGGUUAGUAAGCUUGUAUGAGUUACAAUGUGUAAGCCAGUUCAAUCUCUUUCUUAGGGCAUUCUUUACUACUGAUGGGGCUCAUCACCAAUUGCAUUUGUAUCACACUUUUAAGUAACGAAAAAUAAAACAGUCACAAAAACAAGUGUUGUGAAACGCCAGAGUCACACCAGUAAAACCGACUCCAAACUAACCGAUAUGAUGUCAUUGGAAAUAAUAGAGUACCGAAGUAUGACGUCAUUAUUCAUCACUUUUUGCAUGUCAGCAUUUUUUAUACCAUAUUUUGGUAAGGCAUGAUGAAAAAUCCCAACAACCCAAAAUUUGUGGGAAUCGAACCAUGGGGGCCUAUUUGACCUCAUGAAUACAUAAUUAGCAAAUAUCGUAUUGGCCAGGUUCCUUGCAUGUAGAACCAGGCCAAUAAUAAUACACUGACCACAAUGGGGCUAAUUAUGUAUUCAUGAGGUCAUAUCUCAAGCCCCCCCCUCCCCAUGGACUAAUUUGCACCGUUGGUAAUGGUGUUGUUUCAUUAUGCUCGACCAAAAUAUAGUAUCAAAUAUGCUGAAAUGCUAAAAAAGUUUUUUUGGUAUGUCAUCACUUAGUACUCUAUAGAUUUGGUCUAUUUGGAGUUGAUUUUAUAUGUGACCGAGUCUGCUUUGUGGAAUAACAUCAAACUCUGUAAUAGUCUUUCUUGCAAAUCUUGAUAUCAUGGUUUUGUAUUAAAAAUGAAUGUAAGUGACCUUUUUUUUAUAAGAAAUCAGGUGUUUCAGGUUAUCCUUCGCCUUUUUUAAAGUGACAAUUUUGAUGGAGAGUGAAGACAGAGACAUACUGUACAUAGAUCAUGAGGCUUUAUAUUUUAGUAUGAUGGAUUUUGUCUCUUGGAAUGUUACUGCUGAUGUCACAGGUUAGGAGGUCUAACCGGGUCAUAUCAUAUGGUGUCUAAAAUAGAACCAGUGGAAAUAUAAAGGAUGUUCAGAUUCUAUGUCACAACCAAAAGAUACAACAGAUACGCAAACAAGAAAAGAACAAUGAUAUUUGUCUCUUUAUUGUCUUCAGAUAUCACCACUUAAGAAACACCAAGUCAACAUGUGACCCUUUCCUCACACUCACAGAAAAAUAGCUUUCAAUACCAAAACCUGCGCCAGAUUUCCAAGAUAAAUAUGAAAAUUUCGAUUUCAGCAAUAAUUACUGUUAAAGAUACCAUGAAAAUUUUACACUAUGAAGAGUUAGGGAAUGGUGUCUUAAAAUGCACCAAUUUGUAUGAAGUUUAGCAAGAGAAUUAUAUUUGUAAGGUUUCCUAAAAAUACUCACAAAUUCAACUGUUAACUUUGCCUACACUAGUAAGUUAAAACAACCAAAGAAAGGGUUAAGUGUACUGAUAAUCUGAACUUUUUUUCACCUGGCAGUCUAUUUGAGGACACCAUACAUUAGGAUAUCUGACUUCCUCGCCUGUGACACCGGCAAAUUUACUGUACAGUGUAGAUCAUCUAGAUCACCUAAUAACGUACUUUGCCGGUAAAGAAAUAUGAUAGAAAUCAACGUUAUUGCCUGGCUUACUAUUCUAUGCAACUGACAAAGGAUAUAUUGGAUUGCUGAAUUCUUCUUUCGUAAUUUCAAAUAUUUCAUAUAAUUCAUCAAGUACAAUAUAUUGAAUAUGAUACAAUCAUAUUUCAUUGUGAUUGUCGUGUAAUAGAGUUCAUUUUCGUAUUUCUAGACAGGUGCGUUUGUGUUAUGUAUUUUUCUUGUUGUGUUAUAUUUGUGGUUACAUCGUAAAUUGCAUCUUACAUUGUACUAUCCAACUGCAUUACAGCAUAAAAGCAGAUACCUUUCAGUGUUAAUUGUAGCUUAAUUGCAGCGGGAUUUUACAGUGUACAUUUAGGUUAAGUUGCUUUUAGUUCUGCCAUUCUGAGAACACUUCUAUAUUGUGUCAGAUUCUCAAAUACAGAUAUUGUAAAAGUAUGAGCAAAAUCACGAAACUACAUUUCUCUUGAUUUGCAAAUUGCAUUGCCUCAACAAUGAAAUUUUUUUAGUGAGCUAUAAACGAAAUUCCCCAUCGAAAAAUAGAAAAUCAAUUGGUUAGUGGAGUAAGGUUCAGGGGAGUGUUUCACAAAGUUUUUUUCAGUGGUUUCACUGACCUAUUUUCUCUGAGCCAUUCAAUUGCAAGGAUUUGUAGUAGCUUACAACAAUAGUUGGCGCUAAUCACUCACAACUUUUUCAUGCGAUAUUCCCCACGUUCAUACAAUGGCAAUGUUAGAUCUGAUAGAGCAGGUGUUUUUCAGGGUUAUGUCUCCAUGUAUUGAUCCGGUGACAAUGAAAACUCGGUCACCUAUAGAGGCUGGUAAGGAUGCUUCUCUAUUUCUGUCAAGCUAUGGCAAUGAUCAGAGGUCAAAUUCACAGGAUAAAGCGAAGGCAUGUGGAGCAUUUCAUGAAAUGAAUUGUCUGUGGUUUUUCACUGACAACUGUUAUAAGCUACUGAAAUCCUUGCAUCUGAUUGGUUCAGAACAAUUUAGUCUCUGAAAACCACUGACAAGAUGAAACACUCAUAAAGUGGUGUUUAAGCAGUGAGAAUUUGAACAGCUCAACACUUUUCAAAGAGGUUGUAAUAUUCUUGAUCAGUUACCCAUUCUCAAGGUCUCAGUAAACAUAGAGGAGGGAAGCAUGUUAUAAAGCUGUUUGUAUGUUAGGCACAAUUUUAUGCAUGACUGAUGGUUAUUGUCUUAAAUAUGCAUAUACUGCAAAAUCCUGUUCUGAUAAAAUAAGAGUGUGUUCGUGAACCUUAAUCAAUCUUAAAAAUAUUGAAUCUUAAAUGCUAGUAAAAAAAAAAUGAGAAUUGUAAUCCAUUAAGAGCAGAUUUCAACUGUAACUGAUGAGAAUCAAGCCAUCAAAAGCACCCAAGAAAGUGUCACCUGUCAUGUGUACAUGUAACUUAGAUCACCUUUAUGAAACACCACAGAGUUAUUGAAGGUAGAUUGUAAUAGUUUCAAUAUCAUUUGAAUUACUAGUUUGAUUUUAUUUGAAAUCAUCACUCUCUUUAGCUCAAAUGGUUUUAUGAAAUGAGAAUGUAGAAGAGCGAAAGCUAUUUAACAAAAUAUGAAUCAUUUGUUAAAACAUAUAUCACGCAAGGAUUGACAGUGUUGCAGGGUGUCCUAUAAAUCAAGUGUGUCCCCAAAAAAGUAGAAAAUUGGAUUUUAUGUACUUUGCUUGUUUUGGAUCUUCUCUUUGUGUUACUUCACCUUUAAUAGUAAUUCUCUUAGAAAUGUUUGAAGCAUUGAUACAAAUUAAAAUCAAGCUAAUCAAUUGAUAGGAUGACUGAUUGUUAUGAUUGAUUGCAAUCAGCUCUGUGUCAAAGGGGCUCCAAUGAAUAUUGCACUUUCCAAGAAGCUGUGGUUUUGGGACUACUGCAACAAUUAUGAUUUGAAAAUAAUUCUUAUGUCAAAAGGGCUUGUGACCAGAAUGAGUGUUUCAUGAUGUGAUGGCCUUUUUUAAAACUUGAUUGUUUAUUUUGAUAUGGAAAAAUUUUUGAUUUUGAAAGAAGGAAAUGUUAUUAAAAUCAUCCAAUAGUUUGUUUAAAUUAGUUAAAUGUAAGCACUAAAUGUUGUCUUAAAUCAAUCUGGGCUCCCUUUUUGUCAGUGGCAUGUACCUUACUCAAUUUGGCAUUGUGUUCACACCUGGGCUCAUUUGCAUAAAAUUCACUAUUAUAGUAUGUCCAGCAUCCACUGGAAUCUUUGAUUUUGAUUGGGUGUUAAUCAUUGCUGGGGGUAAUUACCAAAUGUUGGCUGACCCUUUAUGCAUCAUAGUCUUGGGGCCUGUUUCCUAAAGAAUUUUGACUAUCGUAACUUUGCCAUUAUUGUAUCUACGACUUAAACUUAGGUUGUGAUUGGCUGCUGAGACUUGCUACCAUUUUAGUGACAAAGCAACCAUAGUCGUAACUCUAAGACUGGCUCCGGGACCAGUGAGAAACCAUCAGGCCAAAUAUAAUAAAAUAUAUAAUGUCUUGCCUUAGUUCAGGCUCAUACUGAUAUUUAAUACACUUUACAUAUUACAGAGAGCCAAUGCUUUGAUUUCACUCUGCAAAUAUCUCUGUUACCUUUGAAAUUUCUGAAGUAAGUUUCCAUGAUUUGGAAAGGGAUAUUUCAAUUUAUUCUGCUUUCAAACUGGAACAAUAUCUGAUGUUUUCUGAUAGGUGAAGUAUACCUGAGGGCCCUGUUGCAGAACAAGUUGUGAUUAAAUGUAACUCCAAAAAUUAAGCGCAAGUCCACAACACAUGCAUUUCAUUGGUUGACAAUUGAGUUGCGUUUGAUUUUAACUCUUUCUGUAACAGGCCCCUGAUUAGACAAUAUUAGGGAUGGUGUUUCACAAAGAUUUAACCGUUGACUUGAAACAAAUCAUACUUGAAUUCCCAGAUGUGUGUGAUAUAAUGCAUCAAAGCAUUAAUCAGAUCAUCACUGUCAUUGGGUGGGACAUUGCUCUUUGUAAUACACCCCCUAGGUAUUUUUCUUUACCGGGCAAAUGUGAACCUGGGAAAAAAAUUGCACAAUGGCUCAGGUCGAAUUCAUACCAAAGUGCCCUGCAGAGUCCUAGAAACCUAAUAAGAAUCUGAAAUUUCAAUAGGGUCUAGAAUAAUCUGUAAUACAAUGUAGCAAAAUUGGGCUGGUGUGCUCAACAUUAAAAAUGAAAUAUUGAAAUAAUUUAUUUUUCCCUGAUGCGAACACACUUUAUUUUAUGAUUAAUGUUAUCUGGGAUAAAUGUUAGUGGAUCAGGACAUGCACAUUGAAUAUUAACAGUGUUAUUAUUGAAUAUACUCUUUAUUUCUAACUCGUCUCAUGCCAAAGGUUAGAGUUAUAUUUAUAUAGAACAACUAUAUCCAUAGAAAUAACUAACAAGCCUUCAAGAGUAUAUGAUUUGCAGUGGGGAGAAGCUAUAUGUUUUCUAAUCACAGUAUGAAAGAUCUGUUGAAAUAAUUUUAUUUUAUAGAGAUAAAGAUAUUUAUACAUAUAUUAUUGAAGAAAUGUGUGCACUUAACGUAGCUCAAAUUUCAAGCAACUGCAAAUUCUUUUGGGAAUGGUUUACCAUUUCAUUCAGUUAAGAGGCUUGUUGGACUCUAAAUUUACCUAUCAAAAAGUGUAUGUUGCACAGUGACCACCUAAUUUAAUAAAUCCACAAUAAGUUGACAAGCAUGACCCUUUCUUGUGCUAGAUCAGGGGCCCGUUUCAUAAAGGACUUACAACUGUUGUAACUUUGACAUUAUGGCAACUACCAUGGAAACCUUGAUUGUGAUUGGCUGCUGAGCCCUGUUACCAUGGUAGUUGCCAUAAUGGCAAAGUUACAAAAGUUGCAAGUCCUUUAGGAAACAGGCCCCAGAUUUUCAAUAAUUGGAUUUCUAUGAAAUCCAAUUUUCCCUGAAAAAAGUUAUGGUAUUGUUAACAAGCAUGUGAAUGCAAAGUUUGAUAUUUGAUGAGAAUUAUAGAUGGUUCUCUUUCAUUAUGUUGAAACAGGAAAUUUAGCAUAAGAAAGAGUCCCCUUUUCGUUUGGUUGUCUGUAACUUAAGAGCGUUAAGAAAUGGGACUCUUUCACAAAAAAAUAAUCGCAGAAGUAGGUUACCACUGAAAUUUAAAAAGUAGGGAUUACACAUACUCUCAUUUGAUUCAGAAAUCUAGACCAAAUUGUUGCUGGAUGAUCUUCAAUCUUUCAUACUGAUAUGUAAAUAGAAUGACAAUUAUUGCAAUAAAGUCAUUUCAUUUUUAAAUGGUAUCAUCAGGGAUGUUGUGACCCCCUUCUUUAAACUAUUUUUGUAUAAAUUAUUUUGAACUCUUGUUACAAAUGCUAGAGAGAUAUAUAUUAAGAAAAUGAGUAUAUGUACAUAAUCAUAUAGUUAUCUUCCUUAUCUCUGUGAUAUAUAUAUAUAUCCAAAAGUGUAAAAUAGGAGACUCGCAUUGCCUGUCUUUGUACAUAAAAACCAAUAUAUAUAUAUGACAUCUUCUUUCAUUUGUGAAAUAUGAAUGUAUCAUACUCAAUUGAACUGUCAUGAAUGCUGUGUAUUUGUUUAACAUUUUUGCCUAGAAAGAAAUAAAAUGAGCUUGACUU